AUGUCGAACCUUCAUCUCAGCCCUUCAAUCGUCGUCGACUACCUCUUCCGCGAGCAGCGCCUCCUCUUCGUCCUCGUCGGAGUUCUAAUCGGCUCUACUUUCUUCAUCCUCCAGCCCACUCUCUCCCGCCUCGGCCCUUCUGAGGCCCGCACUGCCGUCACCAGUUCCUUGUCCGGCUCUUCUCCUGUUGUUCAGUCCUCCAACCGCGGAUCUUCGGGCAUAUUCCAGAGGAGGUCGGUCUCCGGCCGGGUACCUGCGGAUCUCGAUCGCCGGAGGUUUAGGAUUGUGAUUACCGGUGGAGUUGGAUUCGGAUUCGAAUUCAGGAAGGGCAGACCUGGAUUCGAAGAGAGGAGGAAGAAGAGAGGAGGAAGGAGAAAAUCGAGAAGAGGAGAUAAGGUUUGGUGGAGGAAGGAAGAAGAGAGGAGGAGAUAA